GUAUUCCGAUUAAUGUAAAUUAGAAUAGAAUAGCGUAGAAUGUCUUCGAAAAAGACAAAUACAAUUUCAAAAUGUAUAUAUAUAUUGCUAAUUAUGGCAAUAACUGGAACUAGAAGAGUUAAUUGCAUAGAGCCAUUAUCAGCAAUUGCAGGCACUGCAAUAGUUACCGGCUUUUUAGGGGCAAGCAAGGUUUUCUAUUGUAAAUUUGCUGAGUGCUGCGACGAACGUAGUGUGCCGGGUGAUAUAGAAAAACUAAAACAGUCGUUGUCCAGGACGCUCUUUGGCCAGCAUAUUGUGCAGCAAUAUGUUGUUUCGGCACUCACAGCCCAUUUACAAUCGACGAGUCGAAAGCCGCUUGUCAUGAGUUUCCAUGGAACACCGGGCACGGGGAAAAGCUUUGUGGCGGAUCAGAUAGCACAGGCUCUUUAUCUGGAAGGCCCAAAGAGCAAAUAUGUGCACAAAUAUUUGGGCCGAGCUGAUUUUGCGCACCCGGGUCGCCUGCAUGAGUACAAGGAGCGCAUCAACAGGGAGGUGCGGGAAAGCAUCAAGGAAUGCCCGCGUUCACUCUUCAUAUUCGACGAGGUGGACAAGAUGCCGACUGGUGUAUUCGACACGCUCACAUCGUUCAUCGACUAUGCAGCCAACAUGGGUGACGCUGAUUAUGCGAAAGCCAUCUUUAUAUUUCUUUCGAAUACAGCGGGCAUAGAAAUCUCCGAUCACUUGGUCCGACUCAUGAAGAGUGGCAAACGUCGCGAGGAUACGAAACUCUUUGAUUUCGAGAAGAUGCUAGAGCUGUCUGCCUACAAUAUGGAGGGUGGCUUAAAGAAGACGAACAUGAUCGAGGCGCAUGUCAUCGAUCAUUAUGUUCCCUUCUUGGCCCUCGAGAAGACCCACAUCAUUCAGUGUGUGGAGGCCGAGUUUGCUCGUUAUGCAUAUAACCCAAAAAAAAAUGAUAUUCAAUUGGUAGUUAACAACGCCGUUACCUACGAUCCGAAGCAUAGCAUGUUUGUCACAUCCGGUUGCAAGACCAUCGAGAAGAAGGUUGCCAUUGUUGUCUAUGAUCAAAAGACUUGAAAGUCUGUGUUCAUUUUUUGUACUUAUUUAAUUUUGUAUAAAUAUAUAAAUAAAUAUAAUAAACAAGGAUGGAAUCCUUAAAAACUCACAAAUAGGCCGAGAAGUAUGAGCUAGGAUAUCCCAUUAUGAAUAACGAUUCGAACUUUGUUUUGUCAUUGAUAUACCUCGAGAGCUUGCAACAAUUGGGAUUAUCUUUCAUCUUAUUUUAGUUUAGCUAUUCAGAGCUUGGAUACAUUUCUUAGCUUGGAUGCUGUAGACUACUCUGUAGACUUGGUUUCUAUGGCACAACUCGAGAUCCAUGUGGGCUUUCUCGCCUGGUAUC